CCAGUGGAAGGAGGGGGUUGCAGCGAAUCAGCGCAGCAGACACUGCAAAGCGCAGGCUGUCGCCUCCCCUCCGUCGAACUGUCAGAUGACAGCAGCACACAUGAGCCUCAGUGCUGCAGACGGAGUUGACCACCCGUUGAUUUUACGUCUAAAUAACGGCUCAUCUGCGUUUUAAUUCAAACGGGGCAACAACAUGACCGGAUACACCCCUGUCAUCUCUACGGGCUGACCACAAACGCGCAAAAGGAGGGCUGAGCCGCUUGCUAGUUGUGAGCUGCUAUCUAAUGUUAAUAGUUAGCUUGCAAGCUAAUGGUAGCUAGCUGGUGAACGGAGUCCGGUUCUGCUUUGUGCCGUCCGUUGGCUAACGUUACAUAGCUGGCUCGCUAGCGAAGUUCGGAGGGACUAACGUUAGCUGGUAGUCAAGAGCGUUUAGCCAUUCAGUAUCAUUAAUGUGUCAUUUUAAUAAUUUGUUUUAAGGCUGCGUGAUAAUUUGUGUUUUAUAUGUCACGGGGCUUCAUUUUCUUCCCGCCUUAUACGUUUAUUAAAUUUACGAAAUUUAUCGUUGAUGUUUGCUAGCUAGCAAGCUACUCGGCUAUGCUAACGCCAGCUCACUGAGACCUCACAUCGCAGGGGUGCGGAGAGCUCCAGAUUAGUCAAGGAAGGAAGAGAGGUGACUUAUGAUGUGGGCUGAGGGAAGCGGCGGACUGUUAGGCGAAGGAGAGCAGCAGUAUUAGCUUUAACACAUCGUAUUUUCCUCAUAUUAGUCCUUGUAGAGAUAGGGCCAUAGCGUCAGUCAAGCUGUGUGGGACGUUGGAUGAAGAAAAGAAUUGGGGCACUUUGAUUUGCGAUCUGGCUAAAUGAAUAGUAUUGGUGUUACUGAGUCGUGAGCUGGUGGCCACUGUGCCAGCUUCAAGGGAAGACACUCUGUCAAGAUUAUCGCUACAAGACUACAAUAACCAGCCUGUUUGCUUAAAGAUGGCUUCGGCGAGCAGCAUUGCAGCAGCUAUUGCGAGCAAAACGAAGACCAAGAAAAAACACUUCGUUGCUCAGAAAGUAAAGCUCUUCCGCGCCAGCGACCCUCUGCUCAGUGUGCUUAUGUGGGGAGUCAACCAUUCGAUAAAUGAGUUAAGCCAUGUUCAGAUUCCCAUCAUGCUCAUGCCAGACGACUUCAAGGCCUAUUCUAAGAUCAAAGUGGACAACCACCUCUUCAACAAGGAGAACAUGCCCAGCCAUUUCAAGUUCAAGGAGUACUGCCCUCUGGUGUUUCGAAACCUCAGAGAGAGGUUUGGAAUCGAUGAUCAGGAUUUCUUGAACUCUCUGACACGCAGUGCUCCCUUGAACAGUGAGGCCCAGGGACGGAGUGGGGCCCGCUUCCAUACCUCUUACGACAAACGCUAUGUCAUCAAGACCAUCAGCAGCGAGGAUGUGGCCGAGAUGCAUAACAUUCUAAAGAAAUACCAUCAGUUCAUCGUGGAGUGCCAUGGCAACACGCUGCUACCUCAGUUUCUGGGGAUGUACCGGCUCACGGUAGAUGGCGAUGAGACCUACAUGAUUGUUACACGCAAUGUCUUCUCUCACCGCCUUUCCGUCUACAAAAAAUAUGAUCUCAAGGGUUCCACUGUGGCAAGAGAGGCCAGCGACAAGGAAAAGCAGCCGCCCCCACCAGAGGAUGUGCCCCCGCGGCCCAAAUCUGGUAACGUUCAGCAAAGGCUGCAAACACUGCGGAUUGCCACGCGCUUUUACUGCGCCAUGAAACACGUAAGAGAUGCCAAGGAGCUGCCCACCUACAAAGACAAUGACUUCAUCAAUGAUGGGCAGAAGAUCUAUAUUGAUGGGGAGAACAAGAAAAUGUUCCUGGAGAAGCUCAGGAAAGAUGUGGAGUUCCUGGCCCAGCUGAAGCUCAUGGACUACAGUCUGCUGGUGGGGAUCCACGAUGUGGAGCGAGCCGAGCAGGAAGAGGUGGAGAGCGAGGACAAUGAGGCCGAGGAGGAGGGCGAGAGUGACGGUGGGGGCAUUGGAACGCCCCCUGACAGUCCCAGCAACACCCUGGACAGCACCAAGCCUCUGUCACCCGGAGAGUUUGACCCUGCCAUUGACGUCUACGCCAUCAAAAGCAAUGAUAGUGCUCCCAGGAAGGAGGUUUACUUCAUGGCUGUCAUAGACAUUCUGCAACAUUACGAUGCCAAGAAGAAAGCUGCGCACGCCGCCAAGACUGUCAAACAUGGGGCCGGAGCGGAGAUCUCCACGGUGAACCCAGAGCAGUACUCCAAGAGGUUUUACGAUUUCAUCACCACUAUCCUGUCAUAGCCUCCAGGAGCAACAGGGGGCACAGAGGCACUUGGGAAAGGGAGGGCAAGUGGGGAGAAGGGCGGGGAAGAGAAGUGACGGAGAGAAAAACCAUCAAGGCUGAAUUAAUAAGGUGCUGUGAUGGCUUUGUAUCACUCUCCCUCAUCCAUUCUCCUCAUCCUUCCCUGUUUGUUUCUCUCUCUCUUUCAGUGGUGUGCCACGCUCUGCAGCUAAAAAAAAACAUCAUUCGUUUACAUUUAACCUCUCUUCUGUUGAGUUUUGUUCAUGUGUUACUUUGGAUGGUAAGGGUGUUGAAAGCAAGUGUCCAAGUCAUUAUGUUUUUUUAUAUAAUUUGUUUUUGUCUGUAUGGUUGUUUAUGUGGGAAUAAGGCUUUUUUUAUUGCCUCUAAUACAACAUCCAGCACACUGCAGUUUUUUAUUUUGAUGUUUGUAUUUGUCUUUCCCUUAUGACAUUGGGGGGUUAUGAUGUGUAUAAUGUUAGGUCAAAGGGAGUGCAGAGGUCACAUUGCGGCACAAAGUGAAGUCCCUCUUGCAUCGAGGAAGUUCAUGUUGAGCCUUGCCUAAUGCAAUUGCUUCAUUUCAGGAACUAGGAAGCAGUCUUCCAAUAGGCCAACAGCCAGACCCCCACCCAAAUCUUCCCAUUUGGGUUUCUCCUCCAUCACUCACCCUUUAGACGCCUCCCCCUCCCCCUCCUUCGUGUACAGUUAAUGAAUUGAGUUUCUGGGUUAUCCUCUUGCCACACACUCAAACAAACACUUCUCAUCAGCUGAGAUGAGUUCACUUGUUGCAGUAAAUUAUAAUGCUUGUUUCCAGCACUAGUUGCACCUCAGUGGUUGUCAGUGCUUUGUCCCUUUUGCUUUGAUGCUCGGUGAUUAAGAAUGAUUAAGGGAAGGAUAUGUACCUUUUUAAAAUGAGAAGAGGAGGGAUUUGAGGGCAACUUCUCUCAAGUUUCAUUUACUUGCAUAAACUCUGAAUACGUUGGGCAUUGUUAUGUAGGCCUGGUUUCUGUUCCUGUGGCAGGGAAUGACCCAGAAGUCUUGUGUGGCUGAUUAAGAGUAAGCCACUCCUCGUUAUAUCUUCGUAAAGGGUGUCACAUUGAAACAUCAACAGCCCUUAACUUUCUGUUGCCAUCAGCACCUUAUGAGUAAAUAAAAAAUGUUGCACUUUUAUUUGUUAUUAGAGGUUAGGAGCUCUUGUUCUGUUACAUGCGCUGCAACAAAGAGGAAAACAAACUCCGCUUUCAUAGAAUUGACUCUUUUAGAGGCCUGAUCUCAAAUCCUGUCUCCUUCACCAUUUCUCACCUAUGGGUGCUUCUUAUUGGUUGGGAAGAAUUUAAUGCAAUAUUAGACGGGGAAAGUGGAUGAGUUCUGUUUACAGGGCUUUUGAAAACUAACCUCUCCAAUCCUUUUUAGAAGUGCUCUGUGGUGUUGUGGUGGUGGGUUUUGGGACCAGGCAACAAGUGUGACUGUGCUUGUGCGUUCAAGGCAGACAGAAGACUGUUUACUUCCAGCAUCGUACCAGCACACACCCAAUGAUGGUGAACGGUGUGUGUGUCAGUGUUCAAAAGUAGUAAUGGGGGAAAAGAAAGGGGAGGAGGGAGGUUGGGAAGAGUAGCUGCAGAUGUAAAGAGGUGUUGUUAAGUCAUUAACAGCAACAGCUUCGUUCUCUUCUCUAACCUCAGCUGUGAGUCUGGUAUUCAUCGUUUGUGUUGUUAUUGUUGACAUUUUUUAAAGGUGGUUUAUCUGUGUUUGAAUUUGGCGGUUUUAUGAAUUGAUGUGGUAAUAUUAUUUUUGUUUCUGUUUGAGGUUUUUUGUAUAUUUUGCACAAGAGGAAAAGGAACCAAAUGUUACGAAUACGAUCCCAAUUAGCUGAUUAUGGUCUUAACAAGGGAAAUGCAAUAUACUUGUAUGUAAGUGAGAAAAGUUGUUGUGCGUGUGACGUUGUGUAUCACUUUUAGAUAACCAACUGAAGCAAGUAAAGUCGUCCUUCUUGACUAUUCUAACCCAUGCAAAAAGCUUCCAUCACAAUGUUUGUUUAGAUAUCAUAGAUUAUAUUCACAUUUAUAUUUUUACAUUGGAUUUUAGUCAUGAAAUAUAGUUGUAUUUAAAAAAGGAGCCACCCUUAGGAAUGAAUGAUGGUGCUGUGGUAAAUGAAGAAUGAUACUGCUUGAAUUUAUACAAUGCUUACUAUAGAUGUACUUAAAAAAAAAAAGUCAUAAAAAAAUGCAUGUCACAGGACUAAGUUUCCUUUUCCCUCUCUAGACUUUGUUGUUGGCUGUUCAGGUUCUCUUUGUGUCCCUACACUUUAACCAGAUUUGUGAGCUGUUCAGCGUAAAAUAGUCCCUACCAUGCUUUAAAUAACUGUUUUUCAUUGUAUACACUGUGCAAGAUGUGUGCCUUUAUACUCCAAAAUUAUUUAAUUUUAUAUUUUGUAAUCUUUUUUUAAAACAAAGGUAAAAGGUUAUUUUAAUAAUAGGGUGUUUACUUUGACAUGCAUUAUUUCCAACUUUAUUUUCAACCCUCUGCUCAACCUUCCUCCACUCCAACACCUCUGUAUUUAGAUUUGUUCAUGUUAUUCAGUCAGUUAAACAAAACCAUUCUAAUGAUUGUGUUUUAACCAAUAACAAAAAAAGUGAAUAGCUGUCUUAAAUUUGAACAUUGUGGAUCAGUUUCAAUCCUGUAAAUUCAAAUCCAUCGUUCUGAUUUAUUCAGUGUGUGCAGGAAUCCCUGUCCUCCUCAGAGUGAGGCGGUGUCUGCUGAUAUUAAUCCCUUGUUCGUUCACGCUGGUCCUGCCUUUAUAAAGAACGUGCGUGGAAGUGCAUUGUGGAAUGUGUGUGUGUUGUGAUUGUGUUUUGUCGUGCUCGUCCUCGCUAACUGACUGCUUCCCCACUCUGCAGGAGUCUGUCAGCAUCUUCAUCACAUUUACCCUCUUACCACUGAUGCAGUCACAUUUCAGGAAUGUGUUUGUCCAAACUUUCACUUACCUUUGAUGUACAACUCCAACUCAUUUCUGAAACAGGUUUAGGUUCUCUUGCUCCCUUACCUCCAUCUUUGUAGUGUAACCCAGAUCACUUAGGUGUUAUCAGGGGGGUUAUCAGCUGAUAGUUCUUCCCGAGUCAGUGGUUAGUUGAUAUUUCUGUGUUCUUUCACUAUUAAUGGGCUGUUUUGUUUCUAUGGUAAUGUAGCUCAUGCUGUACAUAGGUCGUGUCAUAAAGAAAAGGGGGAAAGAGGGAACACAAUCAUCUUCUAGUCUGCUUUGCUCUGUUUGGCUGUGGAGGCUUCCCUGUAGUCAGACAUAAGCAAGUGCAUGCUGGGAGAGUGAGUAUUUUUCAGUUUUGUUUGGGGAAUAUUAACUGUGGAUCUCAUGUAAGAAAGGCGAUGGUGAUGCCAGACUUUUACAGCUGCAAAUUAAAGACAAUAAUAACACACGCACCCCUGCUGCUGUAUCUUAAAAUGAAUACAUCCUUGCUUUUGUGACUUCUCUCACUAAUGAGCUCCUUCACCCAUGCUUCACCCGCCCACCAUUCAACCUGCUGCCACCAUUAACUUGCCAAAAGCAUCUUUCAGCAGUCAGAACUACCCCACAUGAGCUUAAAGAACAUUGUGUUUCGUAUAAUGUGUCUGAACUGAAAUUGUUUUUUGGAGUUUUUUAGUUGUUUUUUUUUUUUAAACGUGUACUGGUAGAUGGAGCGAGAUGUGCAUCGGGGUUGGGUGAAAAUGUCCAAAGUUAUGGAAAAAAACAGCCCUGUGUUCAAGUGUUGUGGGAACAUUUGAUUGCAAAUGCAAAUGACUGGAGGCCAGGCGAGAUCUGCAGAGCUGGAAAAAAUUUCCUUUGGCCUUAAGAUCACAUCUUUGUAGAGAAAAAAACAUUUAGAGAGUAUUUGAAUCCUUUAAAUUUGCAUGUGGAAGUCAAGUCAACACACACCAGGCCAGGAAACAUCGCUCCUGCAGUCGAGCUUUGGUCUCACAACAGUCCCGAGUACUUUUAGACUACAUCUAAAAGACUUAAGCAUUACUGUGUGUGUAUGUGUGAGUGUGUGUGUGUGUGUGUGUGUGUGUGUGUGUGUGUGUGUGUGUGUGUGUGUGUGUGUGUGUGUGUGUGUGGUGUUUAUUGCUGUCUGACAAUGGUUGGUGAGAGUUCCCUUUCAGUGGUAGAGAGGCCAAAAUGUUGAUGUAUGUUUAUUGUUCUUCACAUUUAAUGAUGAUGAUAAUAAUAAUACACUCCAUUCCAUAAGCCUUCACUCAAACCAAUUAAAGCACUUGUUCUGCUUAACUCAAA